CUGUCCGGGGCUGGAGAGUCGGCUGGCUGGCGGGGCGUUGCGCACGGUGAGAGCGCGUCGUUCGGUGGCUGUCUCGGUUGCGCUCUGGAGUGAGCCAUGUUCCGGAGCCCAUCUGCCGAGCCUGAGUCUCUCGCAGCAAGUAUAGUAAUUCUGCCCUAAUUUAAACCAUGGAAAAAAAUUCCAUAGCACCUCGGAAGACACACUAUUUACGCAACAAGAGCAAACAUGACAUGGAGACAGAAGAAACCAAGUCACCCACACAAAGAGUAUUAAGGGAUAAGAGUUGUCAGACUGAUCAUCACAACCAUGGCUGCUGUGCCUCAGAAAAGGUUUUGGAGCCUGGAGACCCACCGUUAUUACAACAGCCUGUUCAGACUGCAAAAUCGGGCAUUCUACAAAUUAUUGAAUGUUUCAGAUCGGGCACGAAGCAGCUUAGACUGAUGCUAUUACGAGAAGUAGAGACUAUAUUUGAAUGUAAAUCUUGUCGCAGCCUUUUCCGAGGAUUGCCGAAUUUGAUCACACACAAACAAUUUUACUGUUUAUCCAAGCUGCAGGUAGAUGAAGAUCCUCCAAACGGAAAUAAUCAAAGUCAAGUAGUAAAGGAUCUAGUGGAGUCGGUGUGCCCAAGAGCAAAUAAUCCAGAGGUGGCCGUACAGUUAGAAGCUAUUCGAACAAACCAGAAUGCAAUGUUUCAGGUUGUUAAGCCUGCCAAUGAAGCAAACCUCAGUGCUGGUGUGCCAGACUCUGAUAUUCAGGAGGAUGAGUCUGUCGCUGUCUCUCAACCAUCAUUGACUCCAGAAGCUGUGAUUUCACCUUCUGAAAAUACUACAAUAGAGGAUACUUCUAGUUUCUCAAAUGUAGAUAAGCCUAAUCCUUCCAGUUUUGUUGCAAGAUCUGCUAAGAAAGCUAACAAUAGCAAUCCAUUUUUAUGUCGCAUUUGUAAAAAAGAUUUUAAUUGUAGAAGGAGCAUUCGCCGUCACGUUAAAAAGGUACACAAGAAAAAGUUAGAAGAAAUCAAGAAAUGUAUUGAGGUACAACGAAAUACACCUUUGUCUUCUACAAAAGGACUUGGUAGCGUAAUCCAUUCUACAGGUAAAAGCUGUCACAUAUGCCAGAAAUCGUUUGCUACAAAGGCAAAUACAAGGAGACACAUUGAUGAAGUUCACCGGGGUAUGAGACGAGACUAUAUAACAGAAAGUAGUGCAAAACCUGGCAAAAGUACGAAUCCUGAAAUUGCAACACCUCAAAAGGGAGUAAAAACAAUUCCUUGUGCAAAAAAAUCUUCAACCAAGUCAGAUUUCAGUCUUGCAUCUUCUAGUUGCUCUAUUUGCAAUAGACGGUACACUUCAAAAUACUUACUGAAGAAGCACAUGCAAAUAGUACAUAAAACAUCACAAUCUGAAAAUAAUACUAAAUCAGCUGAAGGCCAUGUGGCUGUCACAAAUGGCAAAGUAAAACUUGAAGACUCCUCCUCCUCACAUUCUUCUACAAGUUCCCCUCAAAGUGAAUCUAAGGGGGCAACAAUGGAGAAAAAGUGUAUAUCUGCAGCAAAAAAUAAAACAAAGGGAGAUGGAGGUUCUCCUAAAAAUGUUUCUUCACCUGCCAGUGACAAAAAGAAGUAUCGAAAGUCAAAAUUAUCUGCUGGCUUUGAUUUCAAACAACUGUACUGUAAACUCUGCAAACGGCAAUUCACGUCCAAGCAGAACCUGGCAAAACACAUUGAGCUGCAUACAGAUGGCAACUGCAUUUUUGUGAAAUUUUACAGAUGUCCUCUUUGCUCAUAUGAGACCCGUCGAAAACGUGAUGUUAUCCGGCACAUAACAGUUGUUCACAAAAAGACACAACGCGCUCUGAUUAAAAUAACGGCAAACUUGGAAAGUCGGGUCAUCAAGAAGCCAAUUGAGUGUAUUAUGGAUAAAACGUCAAAAAAACAUCACAAACAAGAAAAGGGUAAAAAAGACACUUCAAAAAAAGAUCCGUCCUCGACCUCCAGCAAAAAAAACGAUGGGGGUGAUGCAGGCAUUGAAGUUAAGGUGACCAAAAACUUUUCAUUACUUAAAUGUAAAACCUGUGGUAAAGCCUUUGCUAAAAAGAAAGAUUUGGAGCAACAUAAAAAGAAUCACAAAAUUAUUUCUACUAAUUCAACUGUGGAUAUAAAAAACAAAGGGAGAAGUACAAGGUCUAAGGCAUCGGUUUCCUGAAGAAGUAUUUUUAAAAGCAUUCUCCACAAGAAAUAAUUUUCGUUAAUAAAUGCAAGACAUUUUAGAUACUAUUCUAGUGGAGUCAUUUGAUAAAACUCAGUAUUGGAGACUCCUUCGCCCUCCUUUACAGUGUUUUAUGUGCAUUCUUUGCAUGCUGCAAAAGAAAGCAGCCUGGCCAGCUAGAUUACUUUAAAUCUUGUGUAUUGUGUACAUUUUUAUGUUAUCUUUUUAGCAAAAACCUCAUUUCUGUAUUUCACAGUCUCCCUUUCAAUCUAUGUAUUUUGUAAAUACUGAAACAUGCAAUUGUGUGAGAUAGUCACUGUAGAUGGAUAUCCUCUUGCGUAAGUCAGGAAGAAUUCUCUGAAGAUACCAGGUUUUUCUGGAAGGUUAUUAUAUUUUUCCAAAAAUUAAUGUGAAGGAAUCAUUUAUUGCUUAUUAGUGUACUUUCACACUUGAAAGGAGGAUUCCGGCAAUCUGGACGCAAAUGGAUGCAUUUGUGAGACUGAUCUGGAUGCAAUACCGGAUCCGUGUUUUCGAUUGUUAUCCGAAAAAAACAGAUCCGGUAUUAUUUUUCCCCCACAUAUUUAAUGGUCUUCGCAUGCGCGGACGGAAAUGCUUCCUGAUGCAUACUGAAUGGAAUGCUCUCCAUUCAGAAUGAAUUAGGAUAAAACUGAUCCGUUUUUUUCCGGUAUUGAGCCUCUAGGACGGAACUCUAUGCCGGAAAACAAAAACGCUAGUGUGAAAGUACCCUUAAGGGGGUUGUCUGAGUCUUAUAAAAACUCGGACAACCCCUGUAAACUGACUAAAAUAACAAACGUAUACUUGCCUGUUUUCUCCUCACCACUGCUCCUUGUUUACUUCAGCAGUGAAAUUCUGUGCAUACAGGCCACCACUGCAGCCAGUCCCUGGCUGAGACAUCUUGUGCAUGGCUGAGGCCCGCGAUUGCCUGCAGCAGUGGCCUGUGAAUGGAAAAUCACCGCUGCAGAUGAUGUGAGCAGCAGGAUGACUGGAGUGCAGCGCUCAAAGAAACAGUGCAGAAAACAGAUGAGUAUCCAUUCGUUAUUGAGGCCAUUUACAGGAUUUUCCUGUAUUUAUAUAACGCAACCCUUUAAGAUGCUCCUGUGUAAUACUUGAAGCUUUGUGAUGGUUUUUAUAUUUUUGUGUUUAACAUUAACUUUUUUAGCUUGGAACUAGCUAUCAUAUAGUUUUGUUUAGUGCUAAAAAAUUUGUCUUUUCUCACGAAAAUAAUGUGUUUUAGGUUUUUUAAAUCGUCUUGAAACAUUUUGUUUCAGAAUAAUAAAUUCUACUCUCAAGGAAAUAUUGGUUUAUGCUGCAUCCACGCCUGUGUUCAGUAAAUCCAGUAGUCUGUUCCGGCAGAGGAGCAGACGAGCCAAAAAUGACUGUGUACGGCAUUGCUGGACACUGCCAUGGCCUGCUGGAUCCUGUGUCAUCCAUCGGGGGACCGGUAUUUUUCUUUCAGAAACCAUCUAGCAUUCAUGCUGGUAACAUGACUGAUCCCUUUAAAGUGAAUAGGAAUCUGGCGGGCCACAGUGGUGUCCGUCUACACCAGAUACAGUAAUUCAGGUAGUCUACUCCUCUCCUGGAACAGACUACCGGAUUUACCAAACACCUAGCCUAACAUUACUGUACACGUGAUAUAUUGUCUUUUCCUUUGGUAAUAUAUGUAGCAGGAUCAUGGUCAAUUAUGUUUACUUGCUUGUUUCACUUGAAUUAUUUCUUUUUUACAUGUGUAUAUGUGUUAUACACUCUACCCUCACAUUGUAAAACUGGCAUACUGAAACUUGUCCAGUAUACUGUAAUUUGUACAUUACCAGCAUGUUUAGUUUUGGUGUAAUGUUACUAAGAGGCAUGUAACGUAAGUGCAUACAUAUGUGAACUAAACUUUCAUGGCACAAUUUAUCCCAUGCACCAGCGCUAUUAAAUUAAUUUAGACUUUUAGACUACAUAUGUGAAUUUCAGACCAAAAGAUGAUUGCUACUAGUGGGUAAGCACAUUAUGUAAGAUGGUUUAAAAACCUAGAAAAAAAAUUAAAAGGGCAAAUUUUUUGUAAGCAAAUAUAUAAAAAGGUAGUUUAGUUUGUAUUCAAUUUUUACAUUUUUUUCCCUCAUAUGUAUGUGUUUAAUUCUUCCUUUUGACUUAAUUUAUUAGCAAUUUUUUAUUUUUAUUUUUAGAGAAGGUAGAGAAAAGAUUUUGUUCCGUUAGUGAUUUUUUGCAACUUUCCCUUGAUUUUAAAGGCUCCUUAUAUGUAAUAUAAUUUUCGUUAUAUGGAUUGUCUCAUCAGAAACAUUGUUGGCAUAACGCUAGGGAAGGCCAAUAAUGUCCAAUUGGCCUGGAUCUGAAAGCUGUAACCAGUGGCAUCUAAUCGGAAGAGGGCAGGGCAGAGCCGAGUGCUAACAAAAUGGUAUGCCAUUUUCCUAGGGCCACUGCCAUUUUGUUCUCCUGAUUGGCAGGGGUCAAAUUGAUUUCAUGUUGUCAUAUUUCACCCUUCAAACUAAAUCAAUGAAUGUAAUGAACUGAUCCUUUCUCGCCUAUAAAUUAUGCUUUAACAUGAGUAAUAUUCACCAAUUGUUUAAGCCUUUUAGUUGUUUAUAAUGUAUUAAUUGAUAAAUAUAAC